AUGGCUUUGAACUUGGAAGCUGACCAAGUCGGGGUUGUCUUGUUCGGUUCUGAUAGAUUAGUCAAAGAAGGUGAAACCGUUAAGAGAACUGGUCAAAUUGUCUCUGUCCCAGUUGGUCCAGAAUUAUUGGGUAGAGUUGUUGACGGUUUGGGUAACGCCAUUGAUGGUAAAGGUCCAAUCAAGGCUGCUGCCUACUCCAGAGCUCAAGUUAAAGCUCCAGGUAUCUUGCCAAGAAGAUCCGUCCACGAACCAAUGCAAACUGGUUUGAAAUCCGUUGAUGCUUUGGUCCCAAUUGGUAGAGGUCAAAGAGAAUUGAUCAUUGGUGAUCGUCAAACUGGUAAGACCGCUGUCGCUUUGGACGCCAUCUUGAACCAAAAGAGAUGGAACAACGGUACUGAUGAAAAGAAGAAAUUGUACUGUGUCUACGUUGCCGUUGGUCAAAAGAGAUCCACUGUUGCUCAAUUGGUCCAAACCUUGGAACAAAAUGAUGCUCUUAAAUACUCCGUCAUUGUUGCUGCUACUGCUUCUGAAGCCGCUCCAUUGCAAUAUAUUGCUCCUUUCACUGCUUGUGCUAUCGGUGAAUGGUUCAGAGACAACGGUAAACACGCUUUGAUUGUCUACGAUGAUUUGUCCAAACAAGCCGUCGCCUACCGUCAAUUGUCUUUGUUGUUGAGAAGACCACCAGGUAGAGAAGCUUACCCGGGUGAUGUUUUCUACUUACAUUCUAGAUUAUUAGAAAGAGCUGCUAAGAUGUCCGAUGCUUACGGUGCUGGUUCUUUGACCGCUUUGCCAGUCAUUGAAACCCAAGGUGGUGAUGUCUCUGCUUAUAUUCCAACCAAUGUUAUUUCCAUUACCGAUGGUCAAAUUUUCUUGGAAGCUGAAUUGUUCUACAAAGGUAUCAGACCAGCUAUUAACGUCGGUUUGUCCGUCUCCCGUGUCGGUUCUGCUGCUCAAGUUAAAGCUAUGAAACAAGUUGCUGGUUCUUUGAAAUUGUUCUUGGCUCAAUACAGAGAAGUUGCUGCUUUCGCCCAAUUCGGUUCUGAUUUGGAUGCUUCUACUAAACAAACCUUGAACAGAGGUGAAAGAUUGACCCAAUUAUUGAAACAAAAGCAAUACCACCCAUUGGCUGCUGAAGAACAAGUUCCAUUGAUUUUCGCUGGUGUUAACGGUUUCUUGGACAACAUUGCUCUUGACAGAAUUGGUGAAUUCGAAGAAGCUUUCUUGGGUCAUUUGAAAUCUAACGAAGCUGGUAUCUUGGAAGCCAUCAAGACUAAAGGUGAAUUAUCUAAAGAUGAAUUGGAACACUUGAGAAAAGUCACUGAAGAAUUCGUUUCUACUUUCUAA